AUGGAGGGCGAUGAGGUUAUCGGUGCACCAAAGCACCCAGAUUGGUUGCAAAUGGUGCGCAUUAAGGAAGGGGAAGUUCCCCACGCGAUCGCCUAUGUUUCGACUAGGCUAUCCCGCUAUCGUCCCGCUAUGCACCGCGACAUCGUCGACCAUUGCGACAUCCUCGUCCUCUCCCUCUUUAGUGGGGGCAAGGUUCUUAACUUAAUGAAUGUCUACCCUGACGAUCAACACACAGCCAUUGAGCACCUCGCUGCUCAUGUGCAUUCUCUACCACCUUUCAUCUAUAUGGCUGGUGACUUCAACUGCGUGUUGAUGACUUGGGAUGACUAUGAGCAUGGCGAGUCAUCAACAGCAAUAUCCUUGCGGGAUACCGCAUCUCAGAUCGGCCUCGAGUGGGCACGACCUUCUAACCAUGGACCGACGAGAAUCAGUCCUAAUCCAAACCAGAGAUCCAAUGUGUUGGAUCUUGUAUUCUUAGCUCCAUCUGAGAUCUUAAUCUCAAUGCCCAGAUUGGAGCACGAUCUCCAGGGUCCGUCAGAUCAUGUCCCGAUCUGCACAGAUCUUGAUAUCGGUCCCGAACCGCCCGGAUCUGGCGAGGCUGAAAAGUCUUUCAUUUUGGAUAUUCUCCGGGAUCUUGCGGCUAUUCCUGUCGCAGCCCUGGCAACCAAGGAAGGCCUUGAAGCUUUAGCUGAUGCUAUCGCGACAGCAUUCUCGGACGCAUGGCUUGCCCAUUCAACCGAGUCCAAACCUACCAAGUGCUCCAAGUCCUGGUGGACGGACAAGUGCUCAGAGACAUUCGGGGUAUAUCUGUUGAGCCGAUCGCUCGCUGAUUAUAACAAGUUUAAGAAGGCGUGUAAGGACGCCAAAUGUAAUUUCUUCGAUGAACGUAUCGCAGAAAUCGCUACUUCUCGCAAGCGCCCGUGGGACCUAAUGGAAUGGGUCAAACAGCGCAAGCUACUACCCUGUGAGGCUAUUCACAAUGGCGACCAGCCUUGCCACGAUAUGGACGACCUCUGGGACGCCCUUCAUGGCAUGUACAAUUCGGCCUCUGGUCGCGAGUACGACACUUCAGUCUUGGAUGAGCUUCCCGAUGAGCCAGUUCGCGAGUGGGCUGACUUCUCGGAGCAUGAGUUGUUGAGUGCCCUUAAGGGGUGCUCCAACUCCUCUGCACCAGGACCGGACCAUGUUACGUGGGUCCACCUAAAGGAGUUGCUUAAGGAUAAACACGUCCUUGCGCUCUUCAUUGUGCUGGCUAACGCUUGCCUUCGGGUGGGUCAUUGGCCGCGUAUAUUCAAGGAGUCGCUAUCGGUUAUCGUCCCGAAACUGAAUAAGCCCUCCUAUGCCGUACCGAAGGCCUUCAGGCCGAUCGUACUCCUCAUCACUUUCGCGGGGUGGGUUAAGGGUCUCCAGACUAGCGCGCUGGCUUUUGACAUUGCGCAGUUCUUCCCUUCUAUCAACCAUGAGAUGUUCAUGGCUGUACUUCGCAAGCAGAUCUCGUCUGUUUACUGCUGGAACACCUUCCAAUCCAACUCGCGGUUUGCGGACGUGGGUGUCGGGCAGGGCUCAGCUCUCUUGCCUGUUAUCUCAGGGCUCUUCAUUGCUCCAUUUGACCGCGGGCUCACGUUUCAUGAGCAUGUUCGCUACUACGCCACCAAGGCGUUCACCACCGUGCAAGCCAUGCGCAUGCUCGGGAACUCUACUAGAGGUCUCUCGCCUAAACAGUGCCGCCUCUUGUAUCGGUCAUGUGUGGUUCCCAUUGCCACAUACGGCUAUCGUCUCUGGUAUUUCAAUGGCACCCGUAAUAAGGGCGCGAUGAACCAGUUAAAAUGGAUGCAGCGGAAAGCUGCUCUAUGGAUUACGGGUGCUUUCUGCACCUCCCCCACCGGCGGUCUUGAGGCUCUAGCGGGUCUCAUCCCUGUCCAUCUUAUGCCGAAGAAGCUGGCAACACACGCAGUGUAUCGCGUAGCCACCCUCUUGGACACCCACCCUCUUCGCUCUAUGAUGGGCGAGGGACUCCUCAAGCGAGCUGCACCACAUGCUCGCUCUGCCGCCUUGAUGACCCCAGCCAUGCGAGGGAAAGUCAAGAGCACUGUCAUGGAAGUGGACGAGCGUGUCCACACCUUAACUGAGAGCUUCGAGCCCUUUACACCUGAAGCUCGUCCAGGCGAUCGGUUACUGGACCGCUAUGCGGACCGUCUCCACUUUGACGAGCGUGAUCCUACCCAGGAUAGGCGUCCGUAUCUAGACGAGCUCAUCGCGAGAGCGAGGGCUGACCCACUAACAGUACUGGCUGCAACUGAUGGCUCUGUCCCUCAGUCCAACCAGUAUCAGGCGGCUUCGGCUGCCAUUUUUUAUUCAUCGUAG